AUGGGUCCUUUGUGGAUUAUAAUAUUAUUCCAUUUAUUAUCAAUAGAAGCACGUCCAUGUAAGAUACAAAAAUUUACAUUUGAUGCACGGCCAACUCCUGCACAAUUAUCUUGGUUAGAACAAUCAGAUAUUGGUUUCUUAAUUCAUUAUAAUAUAGCAUCAUAUCUACCCGUUGAAUAUGAUGGUUGUAAUCGUAAUCCAUCAUUAGUACCAGAUAUUAAACUUUUUAAUCCUUCGUUAUUAAAUACAGAUAAUUGGGUACAAACAUUUGUAGAUGUCGGUGCUAAAUAUGCUAUUUUAGUAGCUAAACAUAAUUGUGGUUUUACAACAUGGCCAACACAAGUUCAAUUUCAAUUAACGACUAAUGAAACAAUCACCUAUAAUUAUUCUAUUUUGUAUAGUCCUAGAGCAGAUAUAGAUCUUGUUGGAAGUUUUAUAGAUUCAUGUCGAAAAGCUGAAAUUAAAACUGGAUUAUAUUAUUCACUUGUAUGGAACAAUUGGUUAAAUGUACAAGAUACUCGCGUUCAACCAGGACCAUUAGCUCCUGGUCAAAUGCCAAUUAAUCAACAAACAUAUGAAUCAAUUGUUUUACAACAAUUAGAAGAAUUAUGGAUAAACUAUGGAGAAUUAUUAGAAAUAUGGUUUGAUGGUGGUUAUUCAGAAUCAUUAAAGAAUGGAAUAGUAUCUUUAUUAGAAAGAUAUCAAUCAAGUGCAUCAGUUUUUAAUGGAUUUGGUCUAACAAAUAAUAGUAUUCGAAAUAUUGGUAAUGAAUUUGGUUAUGCUGAUGAUGAUACAUGGUUAACUGUUAAUGCUAAUGAUCAAGAAGAUCCUAAUGGUGAAUAUUUUUCACCGCCAGAAUGUCCAACAACUUUACAAGUUAGUGAUCGAUGGUUUUAUGGUGGAAAUGAUUUUCCUAUUCGACCAUUAGAUGAACUCAUUCAUGUUUAUCAUACAACUGUUGGUCGCAAUUGUAAAUUAGUAUUAGAUUUAGCUGUUAAUCAAAAUGGUAUAGUUGAUCCUAAUCAUGCUAAGAGAUAUAAAGAAUUAGGUGACUUUAUUCGAAAUUGUUAUAGUAAUUCGUUGCCUAGUAAUUUUACUUGUUCAAAUAAUAAUUGUAUCUUAGAAUUUUCAACAACUCACUUAGUUGAUCGUGUUAUUAUUCGUGAAGAUUUAAGAAGUUUAGCUGGUGCUAGUAUUCGUCAAUGGUCUAUUGAUGGAUUAAUGAUGUGGGGAGAUUGUUUGAAUUGUUGGAUAGAUAUUCCAUCAGCUAAAGGACAAUCAAUUGGAAAUAAACGAAUUAUUUUAUUUGGUGAAGCUAUAUUAAUACGAGCUGUAAGAUUAAAUAUUUAUAAAACAUCAGAAAAUCCACCAGUUUUGGCUCAAUUCGAUGCUUAUCUAUGUCAAUGA